AUGGCUUCUACAUCGUCAUCUCACCAAAAAAAUGUUUUUUCUGGAAUUGAACCUCCCCAUGAAAGGAGAAAAGUAGAACAAUCUUCUAGACUGUUUGAUGUGUUCAUCAACCACAGAGGCCCCGAUGUGAAACAAACUUUGGCGACUCAGCUUUACAAAUCUCUAAAGCGGGUGGGAGUAGGGGCAUUUCUUGAUUCAGUAGAGAGGGAACUUGGAAUUUCGUUUACUUCUACUAUUGAGACUGCCAUCCGCUCUGCUACGGUACACAUAGCCAUCUUUUCCAAAGGAUAUGUACACUCCCCUUGGUGUCUAGCUAAGCUGGUUCUCAUGUUACAGACCAACGCUAAGAUUAUUCCCCUGUUUUAUCAAGUGGAACCAUGGGAACUCCGCUAUGUCAAAAAGGGAGUAUAUAAAGAUGCAUUUGUUAAUUAUGAAGAGAAGGGCAGGCAUCUCGACAAGAUCAAGGAGUGGAAGGAAUCCCUUCAACAAGUUUCAUAUACUGCAGGCUACGAAUUCCAAAAUUCAGGUUCAAUUGAUUGCAAAGAAAUAGUUUCCGCUGUGGAAAAAGAACUACAAAGGACAAAACACUUGGCCGAAAUACCUAAUUUGCAAAGUAAACUCCUCACAAAUCUCUUCUGUAAAGAUGAGAGAUUUGGAAGUCCCAAGGAAGGGAUAAGCUGUCUGAGGGAUCGUUUGGAAAGGAGCAGCUCUUCGAGUUUCCUAAUUGUUUUAGAUGACAUUGAUCAUGUGGAACAGUUGGAUGCUCUAAUAGACAUCGAUAUAUUAAAUAAGUACGGUAAUCAUCUAGUAGUAAUUACAACCUGUGAUGUAGGGGUCCUUGUGACCGCGGGAAUUGAGAUUGGUUAUCAUUUAAAAGGGUUGGAUAGACAAGAUGGGAAGGAGCUGUUCUGUUGGCAUGCUUUCCGCCAAUCCCAUCCAUGUAGCGGAUAUGAAGAUCUAAUCGAGACAUUCGUAAACAUGUGUGGAGGCUUGCCUUUGUCUCUUCAAGUUCUGGGCCGGCAUGUUUCUGGUAAAGAUCAGCAAUAUUGGAGAGAAGAAUUGAAAAAAGUCAGUAAGACACUGCCCGGAGAUGUAAAGAAGAGACUAAAGAUAAGCUUUGAUUCAUUAGAUUAUGAACAACAACAGAUUUUCAUGGAUGUAGCAUGCUUUUUCAUCGACAGGUCAAAGACUAUGGCUAUGACCAUAUGGGAGUGGUCUGGAUUGUGCUCUCACCAUGCUUUGGAAACACUAAAAGGUAAAUGUCUUUUGGAAGAAGUUGAAAUAAGGCAUCGGUCUAUCAUGGAUUGGAAAUGGAUAUACAGGGGGGACAGGUCUGUUUUCAGAAUGCAUGACCACCUGAGGGAUUUGGGGAGAGAAAUGGCAAAUGAACUGAGCCAUCCUUGUCGUGUGUGGUAUCCUCAACAUGUGAAAUCUUUGCCCCAACUUGUCUUCAAUUCAGAUAUAAACCCAAGCAUUCCUUCAUGGGUUCCUCUUCAGAACCUGCAGUGUUUAAGAAUCAGCGGUGGGUGUUUCCAAAGAUUGUGGCAGAGCGAUAUGCAGGCGCCCUUCCAUUUAAAAGAGCUGCACAUUGCUGGAACCUUUCUGGAAGAGUUUCCAGAUUUGUCAGGAAAAUCAGAUAAUAUGGAAAUGGUAGUGUUGCAUGCUAAGCAAUUUCAAAUGGAUAUUUGGUCUUUAUUAGGAUCUCUAGGAAUGAAUCUCCGUAGUUUAAAAGUGAUGGAGCAAGAAUUAACAGGAUACCUGCCUUCCACUGACACUGCAGAGGAGACCCAGUCCUUAGUUAUCUCGGAUUUCAAAUUACCUCACGAGGGAGAGGUGGCUUUGAAUAGUGAUGGGUGGUCUAAAAGAGCAAUGAGUGGCGUCGAAAAUUUAGAAAUUAAAUGCCGUUAUCUUGUAACGAAAAUUUUAAUUACUGGCAAUUGCUGUCAAUGCCUACAAUCUCUAAAAAUUUGUACAAUGGAAAAUCUUAUUGAAGCGGAUUUAGAAAAGAUAAAGACAUUAUAUUUUCUUGAGAUUACCAACUGUAAAUUUUUCAAAAGAUUGUCACUAAUACCUGAUCUACCCAAGCUCAUCGAAUUCAAGAUCGACAAGUGUGCAAUUUUGGAGAAUAACAUUACGCUGCCAGCGGCACUGAUCAGGCUGUCUGUACGAAGUUGUAGAGAUUUGCAAAGAGUAACCGGUGACCUUACAAUGCUUUCACUGCUGAUUACUGAAAAUUGCCCUGUGCUUGAGGAGUUGCCAAGUCUUUACAGAGUGAGCUGCUUGAAGCAAAUCUUCAUUGAGUCUUGUGAGAAGCUGCAAGGUGUAUCGGGUAUUGAAGAGUUGAAUGCAUUACAAUGGAUGCGACUUUGUUAUUGUAGUAAUGCAGUAAUACAAGAUCGCAUUCAUAAAUUGAAGUGUUCGAAGGCAGUCUAUAUUAGAUCUGUAGCUGCACAGUGUAGGAUAGAUCUGCUAGAAGAAAAAAGAAAAACAGAGUUUGCCGGAAAAAAUACAGAGCAUAAAAACAGAGUGUUAAUUAAUCAAAAGAAAAAAUACAAUGAUCAUAAUGCAUAUGAGCAUACACCUUUUGAUGUGUUUAGAUCCACACUUUGUGGAUGUAACUGUAAAAUAACGCCAACAGAACUAGAAGAACUAGAAGUUAAUGCUAACACCCCCCUUAAGUCUAACUAA